AUGCCACCCAAAAAGGACAAAGGGAAAGGUCCGAAGAAACCGGCCAAAACGGACAAACAGAAAAAGGCCGAAGCUGAAAUGAUGAAGAAAGUCAUCGCUCAAUAUAGUGGGGUUCUCUCCGUAGAGGAUAUCAAAGGAAUGAAAGAAAUCUUUGAUGCAAAUGAUCAGAGUAAUGCAGGUUUUAUUAAAGCAAGCACACUGGGAUUUAUUCUUCGCACAUUGGGCUUUAAUCCACGUGAAAGUGACCUUCAACGAGUAGCAAAAGAAUACGAUCCAGAAAAAACGGAUCAAUUGAAAUUUCCUGAAUUUGUCGGUUCGGUGUUAGGUAUUCAAACAUCUAUUACGGACAAAGAAAUUAUUCCUGCCUUUCAAGUUUUCGAUCCAGAAAAACGUGGUGUGAUAGAAGCGGAUGAAAUUAUGAAAUGUUUAACAAAUGUUGGUGACAUGCUCGAUGAAGUUGAAGCGAAAGCUUUCAAAGAUAAUCUUAAAAUUGAUGAUCUCGGUUUAUUCAGUUAUGAAGAAUUUUUUAAGAAAUUCACCGAACCAAAGAAGAAAAAAAAGAAAGGAAAGAAGAAAGGCAAAAAGAAGAAAUAA